AACCGAUCAGAGAAAAGCAGCACAUUAAAAAAAAGCUGGACAUUGCAUCCUGAGCUGUUUCUAAGUUUUUUCCUGAGGUGCUUUCUUCCUAAAAAGAAAAAAGAAAUGGUGCUGGGAGAGCUCCCAUUUUUUGGCCCUAUCUCAGUCUCUGAGAGCCUCUUGGCCAUUAUAACAAUAUGCACAGUGUAUCUGCUCAUGUGGGUCACUCGGACCAAAAUCCCUGAAGGUCUUCAGCUACUUCCAGGCCCGAAACCUCUCCCUCUUAUCGGAAACGUUCUGGAAUUGGGCCGCAACCCACACCUGAGUCUGACCGCCAUGAGUAAGCGCUACGGCCCAGUUUUCCAGAUCCAGAUUGGCACACGUCCCGUGGCAGUGCUGAGCGGUGCUGAUGUGGUACGCCAGGCUCUGAUCAAGCAGGGCGAUGAGUUUUCCGGACGUCCCGACCUCUACAGUUUCCGCUUCAUCAGUGAAGGGAAAAGCCUGGCGUUCAGCACGGACCAGGCAGGCGUAUGGCGCACACGUCGCAAGCUGGCCCAGAACGCCCUGCGCUCGUUUGCUACGAUCAAGGGUCAGAGUGCUGAGUACUCCUGCGCCCUGGAGGAGCACAUCAGCAAAGAGGGCUUGUACCUGAUCGAGAGGUUGUGCACUGUCAUGGAGGCCAGCGGUGAAUUCGACCCUUUCCGUCACAUCGUAGUGUCCGUAGCCAACGUGAUCUGUGGCAUGUGCUUCGGCCGCCGCUACAGCCACGACGACAACGAGCUAGUAUGCCUGGUGAACCUGAGCGACGAGUUCAGCCAAGUGGUGGGCAGCGGAAACCCGGCCGACUUCAUUCCCUUCCUACGCCUCCUACCCAACGCAAACAUGAAGAAGUUCCUGGACAUCAACAGGCGCUUUAACACGUUCAUGCGAAAGCUCGUCAAAGAGCAUUACGACACCUAUGACAAGGACAACAUCCGUGAUAUCACAGAUUCGCUCAUUGAUCACUGUGAGGACCGGAAGCUGGAUGAGAACUCAAAUCUGCAGGUGUCUGAUGAGAAGAUAGUGGGAAUUGUGAAUGAUCUCUUUGGAGCCGGUUUCGACACAAUCAGCACAGCUUUGUCCUGGUCUGUUGUGUACCUAGUGACUUAUCCUGAGAUUCAAGAGCGACUCCAUGAAGAGCUAAAGGAGAAGGUUGGAAUGAACCGUGUGCCAUCCCUGGUGGACAAAACGAACCUGGCGUACCUCGAGGCUUUCAUCAUGGAGAUCUUCCGUCAUUCCUCCUUCCUUCCUUUCACCAUCCCGCAUUGCACGACGAAAAACACAUCGCUCAAUGGAUACUUCAUUCCUAAAGACACCUGCGUCUUUAUUAACCAGUGGCAGAUCAACCACGACCCCAAGGUGUGGAAAGAGCCUUCCUUGUUCAACCCAGACCGUUUCCUGAGUGCUGAUGGCACCGAGUUCAACAAGAUGGAAGCCGAGAAGGUCAUGCUCUUCGGCCUGGGUAAACGCCGCUGCGUGGGUGAAGUCAUCGCCCGCUCUGAGGUCUUCCUCUUCCUCGCCAUCCUUAUCCAAAGGUUAAAGUUUAGCAGCCUGCCCGGGCAGACACUAGACAUGACCCCGGAGUACGGCCUCACCAUGAAGCACAAGCGCUGCUUUUUGCGCACCACGCUGCGGCCUGGGUUCGAAAUCCCCUGCGCAGAGUGAGAGCCGUAAAUUCAGCUGUUAAAUUUAAGGAAGCUCAUAAGAAUGCCUCAUAUUCCUGUGACGCUGUGGUCAGUAUAGGCACAGAGGAUCUGUUUAGUGCAGUGACCAUCAUCACGAUGCUGUGGCUGAAAAUUUAUGGCGCGUAUCAGUCUUAAACGCAGAUCCACAGAAUGUAGUCAUCAAGCUGCCAGAAGAAUGACUGUUAAUCUUGUGAAAUUCAUGCUAUAUUGGUGUAGACACUGUGUCCAUAUCUAGUAUUGUAGUCUGUAUCAGCUCAGAGUUGAGUUGUGGCUAAUUCCUGCUUGUAUCUCAGGUACCUUGCUGCAGUGGUUAUAAAAUGUAAAUCUGAUUCUGGGUAACUUAUUUCAUUACGAAUCAGGAUCAUAUACCAUUUCAGACAGCAUGGACAGAGUUAAAUGUAAAUUUUAAGUGCCUUUUCUCUUGUAGUAAGCUAUAGAAGUUUGAAAAAUAGGCAUUGUAUAUUUAAGCCCUUUUAAUACUACUGAUCUUUUUUUUUUCUCCGAUAAAAUAUAUCAAGAGAAUUAGUUUAGGGUUUUUUUUUUCCUCUCUGCUAAAAUAUAUUAAGAGAAUUAGUUUAGGUUUUUUUUUUCUCAGAUAAAAUAUAUAAAAAUAAUUAGUUUAGGAUGUUUUUCCCCCAGUAAAUAUAUUAAGAGAA